AAAAAAAAAAUACACUUAACACCCUUACUCCUUGUUUCCUCGUUUUCCUUAUUUUGAAAUUUUGUAUUUUUUAUUCUAUUUUGUGUUGUGUGGUAGAUUAAGAAUUGUACAAUUCAAGUGGGUUACAAAAAAGGACCCCUUUUCCUACCUCAUCUUCCAAACACUUUUUUGGACUACAAAUUCACCCCUCACCCCCUUCACUUCUUCCACACACCAUUCUCACCACUUCUCUCUCUCUUCAUACCUAAAAACACUUGCUUCCAAUCUAAAACACUACAACCUCUUUCUUAAAAAACACAAACAACCUUAUUAACACUUUCACCUUUCACAUGGCUGCAAUUGUGUACCACUCUGGAUUGCAAACACAUCUUGAAUCUCCUCAACUUGUUGAAUCAAGAACACUAAGACUCAAGUUACCUUCUCCUCAAUCCAUUGAUUUACCCUUCAAAUCAUGUUUUCGUGAUUCAAACCUCAAAACCAAUCAUCAUGAAGAAAACAUCAGCAAAACAGAAACUUUUCAAAAACCCAACACCAAUACUUGGAAUUUUCUUGAUUCUCUUUCCAAUAAUAUCUCACAAAACACAUCAAAAAAAGAAACAACCUAUGUUCACCCUCAACAGAAACGUUCCUCUUUGGUUCUUAGUCCAAAGAGCCUUGAAUUGUGCACAGAGAAUCUUGGCAACGAGAGUGGUACUGACAUUAUAGAAAACAGCAUUGAAAACAUGUUAUUGUUCUCUUCUUUCGAACAAAGACAACCUUGUCGUCAAGUUUUAGUAGCUAAGAAAGCGAAAACAAUGAAUUUUCCACCACCUUUAACAACGAUAAGAGGUUCAGAAUCUCUUCGUGUUAAACCACACCGUGAAGAUGGAAGGUUAGUGAUUGAAGUUACCAAAGUGCCACCAAGUACCUCAUGUUUUCAAGCUGAUAGAAGCCAUGGCCGUCUUCGCCUGUGUUUUUCGACAAAUUUUGAUCAAGAAGAAGAAGAAGAAGAUGAAGAUGAAAAUAAUGAUGAUGUCGCCGAUGAAAAUGAACAACCACUUAAUGAAGAGUUUCUCGAAGAGUUUUGUGAAAAUGAAAUUAUUGAAGGAAAAAUACAAGAAUCUGAAAAAAGAGAUAAAGAAACAGAGGAUAAAACAGAGGAUGAAACAGAGGAACAAGAAAUAGAAAGUGUUGUGAUUGCAUGUGGGUGUGAGUGUGAAGAAAAGAAAGGUAAUGACGUAAGAAUGGAAAAGUAUGAGAGGCUAAGAAGAUGCAAAGAAAGUGAUGAAAAUGAAAACAAUGAAUUGUUAAAUUGGUGUGAGACACUUUGGGUGGCUACUACUUGAAAAUGAAUUUUUCUUAAAACUAUAGUUAAGAUUAAGAUAUUUUCGCAUCAAUAUCAAUCUCUGUAUUAUUAAUAAAAAAUAAUAAUAAUUUAAGUUUGUACUUUUUAUCGAUUUCUCUUUUGGUGCAUUGUUGUUGUUUUGUUUAAUGAAUUAUACGUGUGUUUUCUCUCAUAAA